CAGAGUUCACGUUACCAGAAAUGAGCUCCGCUGCAGGAUUUGACACAAAAAGCAAGCAAUGCAUAUUGGCAGGAUGACAUGUAAGCUUGGGGCGCAGCACAAGAACAUACACAUUCAGGAGCAGUGAUUUUGGCCAAAAAUGUGACUGGCUUUAAAGACUUCUGAUAGCUAAACUAUGGAGGAAAUUCUUAUGUGACUUUCCACAAGAAAAAUUAAAUCAGGAGCCAAAAGGUGCCAUCAUAAACUCUACCACCAUGUCAUAUAACGAGACCCUUAACUACUCAGACACUUAUGACUAUGAUUACAAUUAUACCUGCGAUCAGGAUGCAAGUUCAGAUUUCUACAUUGGAUCCAUGGUCUUAACAGUGCUUUGCUAUGUGCUGUUUUGUGUUGGCAUUCUAGGAAACAGCACUGUCCUGUGGGUCCUCCUGCGGCAUGUUAAGCUCAGAACUAUGACUGAUGUAUGUCUUCUCAACCUGACUCUGUCUGACCUCUUAGUGGCUGUAUCACUGCCCCUCUGGGCCUACAGUUCCCAGAACCUCGGCUUAUGCAAAAUAAAAACAGGAGUUUAUCAGUUAGGCUUCUACAGUGGGACCUUGUUCGUGACCUUCAUGAGCGUGGACCGCUACCUGGCCAUCGUCCAUGCGGUGGCAGCCAUUCGAGCCCGGACACGUCGCUACGGCAUCACAGCCAGCAUCAUUAUUUGGGCGAUAUCUGUCACUAUGGCAACCCCUCGGGUUGUAUUUGCCUCCUUGGAGUCUAUUGAUAACACCUCAGAGUGCCAGCCCAUCUAUCCAGAAGCAACUGAGCAUUUCUGGAAGUUGCAGCGCAACUUCAGCGAGAACACAGUGGGCCUUUUUCUGUGCCUUCCCAUCAUGAUUUUCUGCUAUGUGAAAAUCCUCAUUGUGCUGUCAAAGUCCAGGAACUCCAAUAGGAACAAGGCUGUGAAGCUGAUUUUCAUCAUAGUGUGUGUGUUUGUGGUGUGCUGGGUUCCCUAUAAUGUUACAGUUUUUUUCAAAACACUGGAGGAGUUUGAAAUAAGCCUGGGACCCGACCCCUGUGUGAGUUCAAAAACCCUCAACACUGCCAUGAGCAUUGCCGAGAUUAUCGCGCUGUCCCACUGCUGUGUAAAUCCAGUGAUCUACGCAUUUGUAGGAGAGAAGUUUAGGAAGUCAUUGAACAAGGUGAUGGUUAAAUACCUUGGCUGGAGUUACCAAAGCAGUGGUCCUUACAGCCACAGGGAUACCACAGACAAAGAAACCUCCAACACACCUGUGAGAUCAGAGUAUUAAAAAUGGGUCAUGUGCUUUGCUGAUGGGUGUAACUGUUUCUGCAGCACUGGAUUUUUUUUUUAUUUGAAACUGAGAGACUACAAAGAUCACAAAUUACAUGUGUGUGUGUGUGUGUGUGUGUGUGUGUGUGUGUGUGUGUGUGUGUGUGUGUGUGUGUGUGUGUGUGUGUGUGUGUGUGUGUGUGUGUGAGCGCACGUGUGUGUGAAUACAUCUGUGGUUAGUACUUCUGAGUGGUGUAAAACAAUUCUCCAAACCAAUUUGCAGUUACAAUCAUUUAUUUUUGAAAGUGCUUAAAACAAAACACAUGCAUCAAAACAUAAAUGUCGUGUUUAUUCACAGUUUGUAAGACAAUGUUAUUUUUGAAAAAAUAAAAUUA